CAAUUCAGGAUUUUGACGUCAUGCUCUCUGAACGCGGAAGUGGACGUGCAGCAGAUGGAGGAGCUCCUCAGCAGCCAUGAAGACGGUGUUUGUCACUGUCGGGACGACGAGUUUUGACGAGCUGAUCGGAAGCAUCACCUCCUCUGCUGCCGUUCAGGCUUUAAAAUCUAGAGGAUAUGACCGUUUGGUUCUCCAGGUCGGCAGAGGGUCUGUUCUUCCCGGCCCAGAGGUUUGUCCACACAUCACGCUGGAGGCCUUUCGCUUCAAAGACUCCAUAGCCGAGGACAUCAAGGGUGCCGAUCUCGUCAUCAGCCACGCAGGGGCGGGGAGUUGUUUAGAGGCUCUCGGUGCAGGAAAGCCUCUGCUGGUUGUCAUCAACGACAAGCUGAUGAACAACCACCAGCUGGAGCUGGCCAGGCAGCUUCACAUGGACUCUCACUUGCUGUACUGCACUUGCAGCACCCUGACAGACACCCUGAGGACGAUGGACCUCUCUGCUCUGCUGCCCUUCUUGCCUGGACAGCCGAAGAAUUUUGCCAACUUUCUGGAUAAGGCCCUCGGUGUUCAGUGAAAACUUGUUUGUUUUCAGUCAAACUGAAGGCCAACCAAAUUAAGAAUGUCAUUAUCAUAGCAUUUAUGCACAUUUAGGCACAAUUGCGACUGUUACGCAUUCCGACUUAAUUUAUUUUUGUAUACAAUGAAUUGUCAACAGUAGAAGCCUGAUUUCAAAACAUUUUGAGCUGUCUGAGUUAUUUGUACACUUAUUUGCCGACUUUGGUUCUUGAACACUUGUAGACAAAAUGUAAGAGACCUUCCCCAGCCUGGGAGAUAUGAACGGCAUAGUAAUACUGUGAUGGAGAUGGGCUCUCUGAGAUGGAGACAAACACAGCGUUUGUUCAGUCGAACACAACGGGUAGAGGAAGCAAAGACAAAGGACCAAGUAGUCAUCAAACCACGAGGGAAGUCAGCAUUCCUUCAUCAGCAACUGACUGACCUUAUCACCUUGUUAGCACGCAACAGUUCAUGGACUUUAUGAAUCAGAAUUCUCACUAAAGAUCCUCCAUUAUCCUUGAUUAUCCUUUUGGUUGCUAGGGUCCUUGCUGACAGUACUUUAGUGUUCAUUCUGUCAAUGCGUUUUAUCCCUGUAACACAGACGGUGAGCGACUUAUUGCCAACAUCAACUGCCCUCUGAUCCGGCUGUUUCAGUGCGUGAGAACAGAGACUGGCCCUCCAAAUCCAGGUGGGAAAAUGGCCAAUGUGUUGUGAUCCGCUUGAUUAAAGAUUUACUUUAUAAGCACCAUGUUAAAUUGUUCAUCUUGGGGUUUUAUAUUACGUAGCCUUAAAACAACAAACCAUAGGUCCCUGUUUGACUCCCACUAGUGCCAUUAUUCAAGUUUAUCUGAUGACUGUAAUGCCCACGGGAGUUUUAUGUAGGUAAACACCAAAGGCUAUAAAUUUGUCCGUGCUGUGGACUGUGUGUUGCAAGUUCUGCGGGCAAACAUCUCAUCAUUUAAUUUCCUGCAGACUCAAGUACAUGCUGAUACGCAGCAUGAGGAAGCCCAGCAUUGCACUUCAGGCAGAGGAAAUCCAAAAUUGCAUGAAAGAAUUUUCGCUUAUAUAAGCACAGGGGUCAUUCGGUCAGCUAACCCUAACCCUAACCCUUAAUGUCACGUAGUUAAACUGAAUAAUACCUACCCCUAUGGAGUAAACAGCUUUACUUUAGGGCUAUUGCAACUCAUUAAAUAAAUUUGAAAAAAAGUGGUGUGUAUAUAAUUGGACUGAUGUACACAAAGACCUGAAGGGCUUUUGAUUGACUCAUUGCUUCUCUAUUCUCUCAGAAGGGGAAGUCAUUCUGUGCCCACAGGCUGGCAAAGCAACAAUAAAAUACAUACACCACAGUAAGGCAAGCUGUACCAAAUCUUACCACAAGGGUGAGAUGAUGUUUAAAACUGGGGGCUUGUGGGUUGACAUCAUCUGUCGUCCCAGCCUCAUCCCGCAGUGCAAUGUGGAUGCAGCAACCCAUCUUUUCCCGGUCCGAAUUGGCAAAUGCAGAUGUUGACAUUUGGUUGCAUUGCAUUAUAGGGCAGCUACUUUGUGACUGCAAAGCAGAGGCUGUCAUCUUUAUGCACCUGACCCAAUUUUUCCAGAGACAAAUUUGCAUGUGAUACCAGGUCAUGUGAUUUCCUAUUUGAAGUAGGAUCCAGGAGUCCAUCUGUCAGUGCCAUAACAGGGAAGGAGUAUUUAAAAAUCUUUCAUUGGUGGAAGAUAAGAGGCAUGGCCAUGUGACUCAGUGAACAGAGUGUCUGACAGGCUGCUGGGAAUCCUGUUGGAAAGAAAGGAGUGUGUAUGUAUGUUUGCAGCCUGUAAAAAGGGUAUGAAAUUCUAACUAAAGCUCUGAUAUUGUUUGUUUUAUAUUGAAGACAAAGGUCAGUGUCAUCACUCAGCCUUGUUCAGCUGUGUGGAGUGACCACUUGGACCCAAGUAAUAGGCGUUUGGUCAU